UUCUAUGUUAUGUAUGUUAUAGGUAUGAUUUGUGUUAUCAUUGCUAUCACUUACUUAGUUCAUUCCUCUUCCUAAUGCUCCUAAUUUGCCAGACAGCCAAAAGGGCUUUAUUCCAAUUGAUAGCUCACAUUCAUAGCGAUUAUUGUGUCUGUGAGAUCAUCGUCAUCGAAGCAGCUUGGAGCUUGGAGCUUCGGAGAAUUUGGCUGUGGUUGACCUAGCCAGGGUCGAGCUGCUGGCUUUUGUUUUGUUUAUACACAAAUUUGGGGGUCAAACUUAUUGAAAGCACAACGCGAUCAACACUCGAAAUUGUUCCGUUGACUGCAUUCCGUGCUGCCUGUGUUUUCUGUUUUGUAUUUUCGCUUUGAAUGCCAAAUUAUUGGACCGACGCUCUCCGGCUUUUAGAUGGGUCUUUGGCUUUAGCUUUGGCUUUAGCUUUCGGGUUUGGGGAUUUCAGUUUUUGGCCAAUGCCGUGCUCGUUCAACGACUCUAGAUUUCUGGCCUUGGCUAAAUGACUUGCGGCUUCCAGUGCGUCGGAAUCGCAUUAGCAGGCUAGCUGGGUUUAAAUAGUAGGAUUUAAAAUAGGCGACGACUUCCUGUACUCUGGAUCAAACCAUUUCCAUGUUACCAAAAUUUAAGUGCUGCAACUUCACACUUUAUCCCCUUGCUUGCAUUUUUAAGUUCAUUUUCGGAAACGGGACAGAAUUGGGCUAUACACUUAAAGGGCCACUUAUGAUUUGCCAACUGAAUAAUACCUCUUACUCUAUGGACCAGUCUCUCUAGCACAUACACAUACAUAUAUACAUACAACUAUAUUAUUACUUGAUUUCCGAUCAAUGAUCAAUGGAUCGUAGUCGCAAAGUUGGAAAACAGCGCUUUCUACUUUCGUUCUUAAUUUGAAUGUUCCAAAUGAUUUAACUUCAUAGAGAUUAUAUAUAUAUAUAUGUAUAUACAUAUAUAUAUAAAUAUAUUUAGUAUAUACAUACACGUAGAGGAGUUAAGGAUACAUAAGUGCUUUUUAAUGGAAUAUAUAGACCGCAACAGAGAAAUUACCACUCACAAUGUGAGGACAAAUAAAAUUGUAUUGAUUGACAAAUGGACAAAUGACAUAUGAUCUAAUUAUACAGAGCCUAGAUGUACUUAUUUAUUAUGAGUUGCUUUUAGUGUGAUAAUUCAUUAGCGAUGGUCAUAAGUGAACAAUUUGCAAAUAAAUUCUAAGAAAAGCAUUUUCUCUAUUUCAUUUUGAAUAUAUACAACUGGGAUGUAAACCAUCAAACUUCGGUUUUCUAUACCUUCAAGUUACUUGUUGGAAUGAAAAGCUGGAAAAUCUCAAUGGGUUGCAUGGGUCAAAAUGAUAAAUAAGUGUACACACUUCGCUUUAGACAUAAACAUUUUCUUUUACAUUUUAUUGAACUCGUUUUCAAGUCGUUUUGGCCAGGAUCCUUGAGUUUGCAUUCAGUAGCCAUAUCCCUGACUGCACGGCGCUGGAGUGAAAACGCUCGAGCAGCUGAACACAUAGUUCUUAGGACACGACGGCGAGGGGACGGAGGCUCCACCAUAAGCUGGCGCGGGAGCGGCUGAUCCGUAGCCGCCAGCGGUCCUCGCCAUACCCAGCAUCUGAUGAUCCAUUUCGUAGCGAGCGUAAGCCGAUGACUUCGAGGCGGGCGCUGAAUAGCCGGAAGAUGCGGUCGAGGAUGCGGGAGCUGAGUACGAUGGAGCAGCAGCUGCUCCAGACGAUGCAGGCGCUGAGUAACCGGAGGACGCCUUUGGUGCUGAGUAACCGGAAGAAGCCUUUGGCGCUGAAUAGCCAGAGGCUGGAGCUGGAGAGCCCGCUGAAUACGCUCGCGCUGCUGAAUAUCCAGAUGAUGCAGGUGCUGAAUAAGAUGGAGCGGCAGGUGCUGAAUAAGAUGGAGCAGCAGGUGCAGAAUAAGAUGGAGCAGCGGGUGCUGAAUAAGAUGGAGCAGCCGGAGCUGAAUAUGAUGAAGAUGCAGGAGCUGAAUAGGAUGGAGCAGCAGGUGCUGAAUAUGAUGGAGAUGCAGGAGCGGAGUACGACUGAGCCUUCGGGGCUGAAUAGGACGGAGCAGCUGGGGCUGAAUAAGAUGACGAUGCAGGCGAUGAAUAUGAGGGAGCUGCAGGUGCGGAGUAUGAUGGAGCUGCUGGAGCUGAAUAAGAUGGAGCCUUGGAGGCUGAAUAACUUGAGGCCGGUGCUGAGUAAGAUGGAGCUGAAUAAGAUGGUGCAGCAGGAGCCGAAUAUGAAGGAGCAGCCGGUGCUGAAUACGACGAAGCUGGAGCUGCUGGAGCGGAGUAGCUUGGGGCGACAGGAGCCGAGUACGAGGACGCCUUUUGCGCUGAAUACGAUGGGGCGGCCGGAGCUGAGUAGCUGUGUGCUGCAGGCGCUGAAUAGCUGGAUGAAGCAGGUGCUGAAUACGAUGGCGAUGCAGGUGCAGAGUACGACGGAGCAGCAGGAGCUGAGUAGCUGGGUGCUGCCGGGGUGGAGUAACUGGGUGCUGCUGGUGCUGAAUACGACGGAGCUGCAGGAGCUGAAUAGCUUGAUGAAGCGGGUGCUGAAUACGAUGGGGCAGCAGGUGCUGAGUAGCUGGGUGCAGUAGGUGCUGAAUAGCUGGGUGCUGCAGGCGCUGAAUACGACGAAGCAGCUGGAGCUGAAUAGCUGGGUGCUGCGGGUGCUGAGUACGACGGAGCAGCAGGAGCUGAGUAGGUGGGUGCAGCAGGUGCUGAAUAGCUUGGUGCUGCUGGUGCUGAAUACGAUGGCGCUGCAGGUGAAUAGGUGGGAGCAGCCGGAGCAGAAUAUCCUUGUUCCUUUUCCGGCGAGUAGCUGGACUGCGAGUUGUAAACGACCGGUGGAGCAUAGGCCUGCGCCGGAAUCUCCCUGGUGUGCCUCUCCUCGUAGUCGAACUCGGACUGAGGGAGACCGUCGUCGAACUCCUCAUUCCUGGUCGCCGGAAGCGAAAUCGCGGUGGCCAAAAGGCAG